AUGACAGCAACUGGUCGGAGCUCUUUCGCGUCGGGCAGAACGACUGCGUCUAGUGGAGAUGCAGUGGUGCAUUCACGAACCUUGGCGGCAGGAGGCGGUCGACGGUGGAGGAGCUCACAAACCAGUUGGCAGUUGCACGCGUCGGUGCGUGCUCACAGCGCUUCGAGCUCUCAUACUGAGGGGAGAGGGGGGCUGAGGUGGCUCAGGGAUUGUGGAUUCUUGUCCAAGGGAGGUAUCUGCAGUACCUUGGUAGUUGCCCAUCGUGGUCGUUUUGGGCACAAUAAUUUUCUCAUGGAGUCGGCCUAG